AUGAAGGCCGCCACAAGAAUCGAAACCGACGCCUUUGGUGAGAUCGAGGUGGACUCGUCCAAAUACUACGGUGCUCAAACCGCCAGAUCCAAGAUGAACUUUGACAUUGGCGGUGCAGCCGCCAGAAUGCCAGAGCCUGUGAUCAGAGCGUUUGGUAUUUUGAAGAAAUCUGCUGCAAUUGUCAAUGAAAGCUACGGCGCCUUGGACUCCAAGGUCGCUGGUGCCAUCAAGCAGGCUGCCACUGAGGUUGCCGAGGGUAAGUUGGAUGACCACUUCCCAUUGGUUGUAUUCCAGACUGGUUCCGGUACUCAGUCGAACAUGAACGCCAACGAGGUCAUUUCCAACCGUGCAAUUGAGAUCUUGGGCGGUGAGUUGGGCUCGAAGAAGCCUGUCCACCCUAACGACCACUGUAACAUGUCGCAGUCCUCGAACGACACCUUCCCAACGGUGAUGCACAUUGCUGCUGUCACCGAGAUUUCUAGACACUUGAUUCCAGAGUUGACCCACUUGCGUGACUCGCUACAGAAGAAGUCUGAGGAAUUCAAGGACAUCAUCAAGAUUGGUAGAACUCACUUGCAGGACGCUACUCCAUUGACCUUGGGCCAGGAAUUCUCCGGUUACGCCCAGCAGCUCUCCAAUGGUAUUGAGAGAGUCGAGGCCACCGUCCCUAGAUUGUCCUACUUGGCUCAGGGUGGUACCGCUGUUGGUACUGGUUUGAACACCAAGAAGGGCUGGGACUCCAGAAUUGCUGAGGAGGUGUCCAAGUUGACUGGCUUACCAUUCAAGACUGCUCCAAACAAGUUCGAGGCUUUGGCUGCUCACGAUGCUAUCGUUGAGGCCUCUGGUGCUUUGAACACCGUCGCCGUGUCCCUUUACAAGAUCGCCAACGAUAUCAGAUACUUGGGUUCUGGUCCUCGUUGCGGUUACGGCGAGUUAUCCUUGCCAGAAAACGAGCCUGGCUCGUCCAUCAUGCCUGGUAAGGUCAACCCUACCCAGAACGAGGCCUUGACCAUGGUGGCUGCUCAGGUCAUGGGUAACAACACUGCCAUCACUUUCGCCGGCGCCUCUGGUCAAUUCGAAUUGAACGUGUUCAAGCCAGUUAUGAUCUCGAAUUUGUUGAGCUCCAUCAGAUUGAUCGCUGACGGUUGCAGAUCCUUUAGACUCAACUGUGUCGACGGUAUCAAGGCCAAUACCGACAAGAUCGAGAAGGUGUUGCACGAAUCCUUGAUGUUGGUCACCGCUUUAAACCCUAAGAUCGGUUAUGACGCUGCUUCCAAGGUCGCCAAGAAUGCCCACAAGAAGGGCUUGACCUUGAAGGAGUCUUGCUUGGAGUUGGGAGCCUUGUCUGCUGAGGAGUUUGACGAGUGGGUCAGACCAGAGAAGAUGAUUGGUCCAAAGGACUAA